GUGAGCGCUCCUGUCGGCCGCCCAGUCUCCGCCCUGCUCGGUGAGUCUCCGCAGGUGAAGCAGCCGCAGGACGGAGGAAUGUGACGGCUGUCGGUGCUUCAUAAACAUGGAAACCGGAGUGGAUCAUCUCAGCGGAGUCAGAGAGUAAAGAAAGUAAAAUAAAAUCCAGCCUUCAGAUAUGAGACACGAGCGGAGGAUCUGCGGCGGCUGUUGGUGACCGUCCGGGUUACUUUGUCCAGGUGUGGCUGCUCCACCUGCCGUCUGACUGUGCGUCGUGUGAAGGGAUUUUUGCGUAUUUAGGACUGUGUGUUGUUGUUGUUGGGGCUCACAAUGCCGGAGCUGAUCAGCGUGACGGAGUUUAUCGCGGAGACUAAUGAGGACUACAAAGCUCCGACCACCUCCAGCUUCACCACCCGGAUGUCCCACUGCAGGAACUCGGUGGCGGCUCUGGAGGAGGCUCUGGACGUGGACAGAUCGGUUCUGUACAAGAUCAAGAAGUCGGUGAAGGCCAUCAACACGUCUGGUUUGGCUCAUGUGGACAAUGAGGAGCAGUACAUCCAGUCCAUGGAGAAGUUCGGGGACAACUGUGUGUGCAGGGAGGACGCCGAGGUCGGCUCCGCCUUCCUCAAGUUCGCCGUUUUUACCAAGGAACUCACGGCGCUCUUUAAAAACCUGAUGCAGAACAUGAACAACAUCAUCACCUUCCCUCUGGACAGUCUGCUGAAGGGAGACCUGAAAGGAGUGAAAGGGGACCUAAAGAAGCCGUUUGAUAAAGCCUGGAAAGAUUACGAGACCAAGCUAGCGAAGAUCGAGAAGGAGAAGAGGGAGCAUGCCAAGCAGCACGGGAUGAUCCGGACGGAGUUCAGUGGAGGAGAGAUCGCUGAGGAGAUGGAGAAGGAGAGGCGACUCUUCCAGCUGCAGAUGUGUGAGUAUCUGCUAAAAGUGAACGAGAUCAAAGUGAAGAAAGGCGUCGACUUCCUCCAGAACCUCAUCAAGUAUUUCCACGCUCAGUGCAAUUUUUUUCAGGACGGACUGAAAGCUGUGGAGAGCCUGAGACCAUCUGUGGAGAAACUGGCCACAGACCUGACCACGAUUAAACAGACUCAGGAUGGAGAGCGGAAGCAGCUGACUCAGCUCCGAGACGUCCUGAAGGCCUCCCUGCAGUCGGAGCACAAAGAGGACUCUCAGGCGAAGCAGAACGCAGGUUACAGCCUCCAUCAGCUGCAGGGAAACAAGGCCCACGGCACCGAGCGCUCCGGAGUCCUCUACAAGAAGAGUGAGGGACUGAGGAAGGUUUGGCAGAAGAGAAAGUGCUCUGUGAAGAACGGCUUCCUGACCAUCUGCCACGGGACGGCUAACAGACCUCCAGCCAAACUCAACCUGCUCACCUGCCAGGUGAAGAGGAAUCCCGACGAGAAGAAGAGCUUCGACCUGUUCUCACACGACAGAACCUACCACUUCCAGGCUGAGGACGAGGCGGAGUGUCAGGUCUGGGUGUCAGUGCUGCAGAACAGUAAGGAGGAGGCGCUCAACAAGGCCUUCAAAGGCGACCAGGACGAAGGAGAGAACAACAUCGUCCAGGAGCUGACCAAAGCCAUCGUAGGAGAGGUGAAGAGGAUGAGCGGCAACGACGGCUGCUGCGACUGCGGAGCUCCAAGUCCCACCUGGUUGUCCACCAACCUCGGGGUGCUGAUCUGUAUCGAGUGUUCGGGGAUCCACAGGGAGAUGGGGGUCCACUACUCCAGGAUCCAGAGUCUGGACCUGGACGUCCUGGGAACGUCCGAGCUGCUGUUGGCGAAGAACGUGGGGAACGCUAACUUCAACGACAUCAUGGAGGCAGAUCUGUCGGCGCAGGAUGUAACCAAACCGAAUCCGACAAGCGACAUGCAGAUGAGGAAAGACUACAUCACAGCUAAGUACACGGAGAAGCGCUUCGCCCGGCGGCAGUGUGCCGACGCUGCAUCCAGGCUGCAGCUUCUGUACGAGGCCGUCAGAAACAGAGACAUCCUGUCUCUGAUCCAGGUCUACGCCGAGGGGGUGGACCUGAUGGAGGCCAUCCCACAACCCAACGAACACGAACCCGGAGAAACGGUGCUCCACCUGGCGGUCCGAAUGGUCGACAGAAACUCGCUGCACAUCGUCGACUUCCUCGCACAAAACGGUGCGACCCUGGACAAGAAGACGACCAAAGGAAGCACAGCGCUGCAUUACUGCUGCCUGACAGACAACAGCGAGUGUCUCAAGCUGCUGCUGAGAGGAAAAGCUUCAGUUUCCAUCACAAACGAAGCAGGAGAAACACCGCUGGACAUCGCAAAACGGCUGCGACACACUCAGUGUGAAGAACUGCUGACUCAGGCUCAGACGGGAAAGUUUAAUGUCCACGUUCACGUUGAGUACGAGUGGCGUCUCCAAAACGACGACCUGGACGAGAGCGAGGACGAGAUGGAGGACAAGCCCAUCCCCAACCGCCGGGAGGACCGUCCGGUCAGCUGCUUCGUGACCGGCAGCAGCGCCAUGCAGCCCAACCUGGCAGCGUUGGCCCGGGACGCCGCCGGCCUGGCCCGGGACAAACAGAGGCCUCACGUCCAAAGCACCAUGAUCAGCAACGAGACCUACGGCACCAUGCUGGACCUGAACCUGCCGCCGCUGGGACCGACGCCGCCGCUGCCUCCCAGAGCACCGAACAGAGGUCCGGCUCACAGUAAACCUGCUACCAUAGAAUCAGUGGGAAGACAGCGUUCGUCCUCCGACCCUCCCAACCCUCAAACCCCUGAGAGGAACUCCUCCAUGUACGUGCUCCCAGCAGCUCCUCCUCCUCCUCCAUUCAACAAGAGGUCCAGCGUGUUGGACACCAAGUCGGGAUCAGCUAAGCACACCCCCCUCCCUCCUCUGCCUCCCCCACCAACAGGUCUCCCUUCUGCCCCCGCCGCCCCAGCCCCCUCCAUCCCACCACCCCCCCACUACAAAGCUCCACCACUCCCACCACCUGUACCCAGCCACCAGACCAGCAGACCGUCAGGACCACCAGGACCCAAGUCCCCCAAAUCUCCCACCGCAUCAGUGAAACGUCCUCCUCAGAGACCUCCACUCAGGACAGCAUCUGUGGACAAACGAGGGCUUCAAUCCAAAUCCCCCCAAAGUCCGCCUCCUCCAACACCCAAACCCAGAACCGCCUUUUCUAAGCAGAAGCCUCAGAGGGUGAAGGCCAUCUACAACUGUUUUGCUGAUAAUCCGGACGAGCUGACGUUCAGUGAGGGGGAGGUGAUCGUGGUGGAGGGGGAGGAGGACAACGUGUGGUGGAUCGGUCACAUUGAAGGAGAGCCGACCAGACGGGGAGUGUUUCCUGUCACCUUUGUUCACUUCAUCACAGAGUGAUUGGAUGCGAUGCACGCCUUCAUCCUGUUCAAUUGUUCUUCAGCAGCAGUCAGUCUGAGUGGAAACAUCCUGGACAAAAAGCUCAAACCUGACCCUCUUCUGGAGGCUCGAGCUCGACCUCAUAUCAGGACGAACCGAAGCAAAACACUGAAGUGUGUUUCACUGGACGACUUCAGUCCCAACUUCACUCCCUGAUACUAAACAUUUUAGACAUGAGCACUGAACCCUGCAGGACGCUUGUCUCUCUACAUCCUUAGAUCCUUGUUCAAACUCAGAGAAAUUCAUUUUAAAUACUCAAAAGAGAUCUUAAGGUAUCCAAACGUAAAAUUCUUCAAAUAACAAAGCAGUUAAUAAAUAGGCAUGUUACGGUUCGUGGAAGUGCAACAGAGUUUCAUUGAAGAGUUGAACAACAUGACACACAACACACAGUGAAUCUGAUGUCUUGUCUUUUUAGAUACAUUAUUUUACCACCCAAUUUUUUUAUUUUUUUUUAGAUUCCACAUACUGCCUAAAUACUUUAUUCUGCCUUUAUAUUAUUUUUUGAGGUGCUUGCUUCAGUAGAUUCACUUUAAUUUAUUGGUUACAGUCCAUAUAGGAGUUUAGGGUUUGUGUACUACAACAACUCAAUGGAAUGACUGUAACACAUGAAUUUAAAACUUAAUACAGUUAAGUAUGUGAUUUAAAGGUCGUUCAACCACCAAAACACCUUUUGGGAGGCGCAGGUUUGGAGUCUGCAACGGGUUCAAAGAAAGACUGAAACCAGGGGUUUGGAGGCCGUCCACACUUUUUGCCAUAUAACGUAUAUGAUAUUGUGAGAGACUGAUAAACAUGACACUUGUUCUGCUGCUGGCACCAAACUAGUGACAUUACAGCUGAAAUAUACUGUGUUUCCGUUUCUAAAUGGCUUCAAGACAAAAAUCUGAGUCCAGUUUUUACUGAAUGGAAAUUAUUUUUAUUAUUUUAACAUGUUGGCUGAAGGGUUGCAGGAAAACUGUGGAUGAGAGGUUGGGGGAAGAAUAUGAACACCUUAUUAGAUUUUACUGUAUUCUCACUUUUAUUAAAAACAUCUGAAAUCUA